AUGAUCGACUGCAUCAUCUCGGAUCACGUGAGAUUCCUGAGAUUUGCUUAUGAAACAAGGAAUUAUAGUUUGGCGCCUGCGCCCUCAAAAAUCACGUUCGACUUAAUCGAGAACAGUGUUACACCCCUGCCGCCUUUUUUGGCCUUAAUCGUCUUGGAUGACGCUAGUAUUUUGGCUGGGUUGCUUUCUUACUUUCCUGCUGGAUGCUCUACGAAGCAGUUACUUCAUUUUGGAUUUGGAUUUGAAAAUCCCAACACGUUUCGCCAAUACGACUACGGAGUAGCCAAAAAUUUGUUAAAAUAUAAAUCAGUUACUCCUCCAGAAUAUCCCUUGGAAAAGGUCACAGUACCUGUAGCGGUUUGUUAUCGAACUAACGACUUUUUAGUUGACCCAAAGGACAUCAGCUUGCUUGAAAAUAGACUGAAAAAUAUUGUUCGAGUUUCAAUCUGCAAUGCAAGUCUAAAUCAUUUUGAUUUCAAUUAUGGUAGUAACAUACGUAUGGAAGCUUACAAUGAUGCUCUGAAAUUGAUGGAAGGGUACUAACCUUAUAAAUAAAAAACAGAGUAAAAAGAAAGGAAAAAUAUUUAU